CCCCCCGCCAUUGACUGGCCAAGCGCUGCGUGAAUCGCCGCGACGUCAUAGGCCAUUGUGCGCGCGCCGCAGCCAGUGGAGUGGAAGCGAGGGCUCUGGCCUGCGAUUGGCUGAGGCCCGCCAGCCUGAGUGGCGGCCAAUCGAUAACACAUGGGCACCAAAGCAUAUUAGGCAAAGAAUAGGGCUACAGCGCGCCGACAAGCCGCCAUACACCCGCCGCUCAAAGCCCCAAACAUUUAGCAUUUUAUCUACGUUUGUGACGACGAAACAACAGGCCAAAGGACCCCCGACUAUUGACUCGUCAGCAGCUCAGGCCGGAAGCAAAGGGGACUGAAGUCUAGCAAAGCAAGCAGUCAUCUGCACCACGCACGCUGCUCGUGUCGGUCGGUCUGUCCGUUCACCACGCGUCACGGUGAGUGUGUUCAGUCGUCAGUGUUGUGAGGCCCUCGGUGUCGGGGUCGUCAAGUGACAUCAGCUACUGUGUCAGUGUGGAGCUGUCGUUGGUGUACGUCACUGCUGCGGACUUUUUGUCGCACCGCGCGGACCCACACCACACGGGCCCAGUGGAGGGGGGGGAGCUGCAAGUGGCCUCUCACCUGACAAUAAGUCCAUUGUGUCAGGCGCCUGAGGGAUCGUGGGCCCCGCGAUAAGGUUACCCGUGGAGCCACCCGUGGGGGACACACCGUGGAGACAAGAGUUGUUCUCCCCACACGUCGCUUCCUUCGCCGAUAGUUUGUGGUGCUUGCGUCCCUACCAGCAACCACGACGACCACCGCGGCCCCAGCCAACCUGUCUUCGGACGGGGGCUACUACCACCACCAGGCCUCAGUGUUCCCGCAGCGGUUUGUGCCGUCGCGGAACCCGGUGGUGGAUUACUACAGCAAGCAUGGCGGCGCCGGCGCGGAGAGUCUGCACUACGGCGGCAAGCUCUCGCCCAAGAUGAUGGAGCAGGACAUCAAGCCGCAGAUGACGCAGCAACAACAACAGCAGCAGCACACGCCGCCAGGUGCCACGCAGCUGCCUCCCACAUCCUUGUCGCAGACGGGUCACGGCCAGAGCCACUCGCCCCAUCACCACUCGGGUAGCGACAUGUCCGGCAGCACCACGCCUAACGGCAAUGGCGGCGGCUCGGGUGGCAGCGGCGGAGGCUCGGGUGGCAACAACGUCAACAACAACAACAGCUCUUCCAACAGCAAGAACCAGGACCCUGGGCGCGUCAAGCGUCCCAUGAACGCCUUCAUGGUGUGGUCACGUGGUCAGCGCCGCAAAAUGGCGCAGGAGAACCCCAAGAUGCACAAUUCUGAGAUCUCCAAGCGUCUGGGUGCCGAGUGGAAGCUGCUCUCCGAGGCCGAGAAACGUCUCAUCGACGAGGCCAAACGAUUGAGAGCCAUCCACAUGAAGGAACACCCGGACUACAAGUACCGGCCCCGUCGCAAGACCAAGACGCUUAUGAAGAAAGACAAGUACGCCAUCCCUGGGAUGCCCACCGGACCUAUGGGUCAGGGUGUCCGAGACCCUUCCUCCAUGUACCCGCCACACAUGAACGGAUAUAUGACCAACGGAUAUCACAUGAUGCCCACCGACCCCAACGCCUAUCAACACCACAUGGCGGGGGCCCAGAUGGCCGGGCUGGGGGCCCAGUACGGUUACGCCAUGUCCCCACAGGCCAUGCAGGGGUCGCAGAUGAGUUCCGGGUCGUACAUGAACGGCACGCCCUCCUACUCCAUGUCCAUGGCGCAGAUGAACCAGUAUGCCGCCAUGGCUCAACCGCAGCACUCCUCCCAGUCCGCCAUCAAGCGCGAGACCAACACCCCUACGCAGGCCUCCGUGACCCCCACGGGCCUGCCCCCGGCUCACCAGGGUAGCAAGUACCCCGAACCGGACCUCGACAGAUGAUCAGUAUGUACCUACCCCCGGGGGCGGACGCUGGGCCCCAGGAGAUGGCCCAGGCUCACGCUCUGGUGCACGCGCAACAACGCCUGCAACUGCAGUCGCACUACGUCAACAACCUGACCGGAGCCUCGGACGUUCCCACGAGUAACACAGUUCCUCUGUCGCACAUGUGACUCGCUGACCCUCACCCACGAACUCGCAACCAGCAGUCCUGUGGUCACCUGUCGAGUAGGAGUCGCCACUGACUUGCUCUAGGAAAGUGAUUUCUGUAGGGGGUUGGGGGCACGGAGAACAGUUGUAGUUCUCCCCCUGCCCCCACCUGCGUGUGACAAGACGGAGAGAGAGAAAAGAGAACAACACCAUGUACAACACCACAGUUCCUCUAAGGAGCCGUACUCACUCCGCUGUCCUGACCCCUGACCCGUGUACAGUUUGUAAUCUUAGUACUUGCUGCAAGUUCGUUCUGCUCACUAGUUUGAUAUUUUUUCCUAUUUUGUUGUUACAUGUUUCCAGAUUUUAUUUUCCAAGUUUUCUCUCAUUCCGCAGACGUAUUCUAGUGACCUUGUCUACAUUUUGAGGCCAAGUGCCAGAAUCCGCGCGGAGAGAGAGAGAAAAAUACUAAAAGGUCCCAUGGAGAAGUUUUGCACCUCCCAUCCCCUGCUCCCCCCGUCCCUGUGGCCGGUAGUGUCUGUCUUUGCUCACGGCGACCUCUGACACUAACAGCCUAGCUACAGUGUACCACUCUACUGCGUGGGUAGUUUACUGACGACAACGACGAUGCAGUUUCUCGUGAUGUCGAUAAUGCGAUUGAUGGAGCGUGUAAAGAAAGGAAGAGACAAGGAUAAAGAGAAGAGAAGCUGUGUUUAGUGACCUCGAGGUUACAACAGAAUUUGUGUACAGCCCCGACAGGUGUGUUCACUCGGCAUACCUGUCGUCCUUAGUUUUUAUUGAACCUUUCUUUGCUAAAUGUUUUCUAGAGAAAGGUGCAACGUGCAAGCAGGAGUGAAAUAUUCGGGAAGAACUGAGAAGAAAAAUGAAGACAGAAGCCAGUUGUGCAGACUUGAAUAUCGCCGUCGUUGUGUGUGUUCUUGGUGUAGUCUGUGCAGUGACGGAUGCUUGAAUUUCGCGUCCACCCCCUUCACCCCGGGUACACGCUGCAACCUCGCGGAGUGCCGGCCGUUAAAGCGGGUGUGUGGGGGCAGGGUAGCCUUGUCAUCAGCUGCACCCUGGACACUGAGUGCGCCCCCCUUUCUCCUCCACUUCUCGUAGCCUUAUCUUCUUUUUAUUGUCCACGGCGGUCUGUGACACACACACCCGACACCAGCGUGGGGUACAUUGCGGGAGGUGAGCCAGCAACACACAGGUAACAAAGUGUAUGUGUGUACUACCUUUACUUCUCCUUCUCUUUUGUUCCACCUGUAGUAUCACCUGUACCCACGGCGAUUUUUUGUCUCCCAAAUUUGGCAAAUGGGAUGUUAGUGCACGUGUAGGAUGGAGCUGCUGUAGUGAUGCUGGCGAUGAUGGGGAAACAAUCAACGAUUGCACCGAGACAGUUGACAAUUAUUUAGGAGCGCGUUCUCUCAUUUCGGAAGCUAAUUUCUGUCAACAGUCUUGUCAAUCGCUCCGCCUGUCAGCAAACGAUGGUCUUAAAGUGUGAAGAAAACAUGAUCCGUAAUAAAAUGAUUUUUACCUACAGGUAAUCAGCUUAGGAAACUCACCUUUCUGACUGUUUUUAACUUCCAUGCCGAGCCUAAGCCUCUUAGCUCUCGUAGGUCCUACCAGGAUGAGUCAACAUAUUUUCUAAAAUUGUGUAAAAUAAAUUCAAUUAACGGCUUGCGAGGCUGUGUGAUCAUCUGUCUUUCGUUUUUAAAUAUCGGAAAGACUAAACCCUUUUAUUUUUACCUUUCAUAUUUCGAUUCCUUUUAGCAAAUAGUUUAGGGGGGAAGACAGGGGGAGAACCAGAGAACUCUUGUAAUAUUAUUAAUAUUAUUGUAAAAGUCGGCUUUGAUUUAUUUCUUCCACAGCUUGAAGGAGAAGAUUGGGUGCGGGUACCGAGUAGGUGGUCAAAUCGUCCUAAUUAAUCCUCAAUGGAGGUUCUACCCGUCGCUAAACUCUGUUUGUUGUGUUGUGCACGAGCAAUGCUCAUUAACAGCACGCGCUAAUUAAUUCAUCUAUUACUGACUAUCAUUAAUAUCUCCUGUCGGGCUGAUCGGAUCCUGCCAACACCCGAGAGGAAAAAAAAUAUCUUUGUCUCUUCCUUUCUUGGACAUCAAGAGAACCUGCGCAACUUUCAGGUCGGUUAAUGAAUAUUUUACAAGUGUAUUAUUUUUAUUGCCACAAUCGUUGAUAAAUGCUACCCCUUCCCCCGCCCACCCGGUCGUUUGUGUCAUUCCGAAAUAUAUAUACAUGAAUUGUUCAGGGUAUAAACAUUCUUUUCUUUACAUUCCAGUUAUGUCUGUAUUUAUGUUAUAACUAAGUCUGUCGAUUGGACUGAGUUUUCUCUUUCCUUGCAUUCAGUUAUCUAUGUGAUCAUCAUCUACCCACCCAUCCCACCCAGCCUCUCACUGAACAGUUCUCUGCAGGCGGACACUUUCUUUAAACAAUUUUUGUUCACGGAGUUUUUAAAUCCAUGUCCGAGGUGUAAAGCAGACGGACAUGUUGCUAAUUGUUUGUAGCUCAUUAACACCAGCUCCACUUCAUCUCACUCCACUGAGUGCUGAACCCACAGCAAGUAGCUAGCAACAUUGUAGCCACUGUCGCUGUGGCCGUUUGAAAUACGAGAGUGUACAGGUUUACAUUUUACCUUUGGUCACCCAGGCUCACACACACCUGGGUGAUGAUGAUGAUGAGGGGCCGGACACCUGUCCACUGUAUUGUAACUGAAUGAUGCAAUUGCUGCAUGUGUACAUGGCCAUUUUGUGAUUAUCAAAUCACAUCAAAAUUCAAGGUGUGCAUUUUCUCCAUUUAUUUUAAUCAUUCCACGAAUGGACAGUGUGCGUGAGUGAGUGAGAGAACGAGAAGGACGAGAGGGCGAGGUAGUGAACCUGUCUGUGCUUGCGAAUGAUUUCACAGCACGUGCCCACACGUUGAUCUACCCCAUCCCCUCCCUCCAUUUCUUUGUACCCAGGAUGGACGGGUGGAUGUGGUAGACAGUUUUUAUUGAUGUGACCUUGUGUUUGUCGAGCGUGUGAACUUUACUGACAUGCGAACUCAUUUGAAUGCUGGGGAAACUUUUUUCCUUUUUUUUUCCUUCUAAAGGGGAAGUCUUCUAACACAGGGUUAGAACUGCAAAGUGUGUGAGUGCUGGGCCACGGGGUGGUGUGGCGAGCUGGUGGGGGGAGAGGGAGGAAGGUAUCGGACAUAUUGUUUUGAUGACAGCGAUGUUGUGCAUUGAGUGCUUAUACACUGUCCUUUGUUUGUGUACGGUUGUUAUUAUUUUUUGGAAGCUCAGGCACUGGCCCAUUACGAUGACAUAAUAUUGUUUUGUUUACAUGUAUGCACGCUUGGAGCAUGCACGCACCUUCACGUGCAGAGCACGAGCGUUGUCUUGUCUGGUUAUGCACCUGUCUGUCGGCGUGCGCGCUCGGCAACUAGUUUAUAGACGAGGUAGAGCUCUUGCCGAGCGCACAUCAACAGGUCUCAUGACCAUUUCUCUCUAUUUCACUGGGUGAUUGUCUCCAUACCCGGCCAUCAUCCAUGUCAGUGGGUGCACCACUUCCAUCUCCACACAGAUAACUGUGAAGGACGCAUAAAACCAAACGAGGAAUAAAUUUCUUUUAUACAGUGAACUUUUCAACAAACGAAGGCAUAAUAAUUAUAAUAAUUGGACUUUUUCUAGCUGUUUAGGUCUUGACUUUUUGUUUCACAUCCAAAGAAAUGCCAUAAUAUUCAGUACAUAUCCACAGAUCCUUGAAAUCCGUCUUGAGUUUAUCAAGAUAUUGCUUUGAUAUCUUUCAUUGUUAUAUCUUUACACUUUUAUUUGUAGUUGUUGUUCUGCUUCUACCAGAACAUUCCAUUUUACACUCAACUCUCGUGUUUGCCGGACUGAAACACAAGAUGUUAGAGGACGGGGAGUGUCGGGCUUCCUGCUUUGGGUGGAAGAGUUUUUAAUUUUUUUUCUCUUCAAGAAAGUUAAUUAAUCAUUUUGAAACGCACACCAUACAGCACUUCGUGUUAUUUUUUUUUUUUUUGUUAUAGAACGAAGAAGAAUCCGGAAAGAAAGACCUAAAUGUGUACCAUUAGCAUCUACAAUUGUGUUUCGGUGUCUAGCAAUUUUUACAAGUAGCAUUUCAUCUUCUGCCGCAAGGUCUUUUUUUUUUUUUGUUUUUCCGAAGGAUGGCAAAGUUUUUAUUUUCUGCAGUAUUUGGUGGGAAGGGCAGAUUAAUUAACAGAUGCUGACCAGGAUUCAGAUAAAAAUAUUUUGAAACCCAAGCCGUAUCUUUUUUCUGCUCUCCUCCUCUGCACUCCUCCAUCAAGUCAGUAAAGUGACUUGCAUUGUUUGUUUGCUGUUUCCGCACUGUCACUGACCAUCGCAUGCUUACCUCCCCAUUUCUGGUGCAAACAAAAAAAAAAUGUUUCUUUUACGAUUUUAGUAUUUAUUGUCUUCAUAGUCUGUUCUUCUGUCCAUUGACAUUCAAAGAAACCACAGGUAUAUAUAUAUAUCUAAAGCGGAAAUUCCUCUGGAAAAGCUUGGACUUGGGUGUCUGGCACUGUUCAGUGAAGCAUGGCAACGAUCAUUUCGCUGACACAAUACUCAUGGCUGGCAGUUAUUUUCUUGUAGCCCGACUGUUAGACGAUGAAGCAGGCACAGUGUUGUACAUAUAGACAACUUUUCACCGAUGAUAGGUUGGUUUAUUUUUUUGACAGCAGCAGCACAGCUGCCACGAGCCCGACUCUAGCAGUGAGUGUGUUGAUGUUUUUCAUUCCUUGCAAACACACUUUAUAUUUCCUGACGACAGCUGAGCUGACUGAGCGACUUUUGGAUAUGAAACUCAUUGGAGGAACUAUUGUGUACAAAACUCUUAAUAAAUUUGACAUGAAUUUUA